AUGCCCUGCCCUCGGCCCCCCUGGCUCCGCCGCGCCCGGACGCUCCCCGGCUCGGGCCCCAGCUCCCCAGGCUCGCUCUCCGCGCCCCGCUCCCCGGCCGGAGGGGAGGAUGAGGAGGAGGAGGAGGAGGAGGAGGCGGACGGCAGCCCGGGCGCCGGCCCCAUCCUGAGCCCCGCCUCCCCGGUGGAGUGCCUCAUCUGCGUGUCGCCCUUCGACGGCGCGUUCAAGCUGCCCAAGCGCCUGGACUGCGGCCACGUCUUCUGCCUCGAGUGCCUGGCCCGCCUGUCGCUGGCCACCGCGGGCGGCGGCGACGCGGUGGCCUGCCCGGUGUGCCGCGCGCCCACGCGCCUGGCCCCGCGCCGCGGGCUGCCCGCGCUGCCCACGCAGCCGCCGCCGCCGCCGCCGCUGCGCCUGGGCCGCCCGCUGUCGCGCCGCCCGAGGCUGGACGGCCCGGCCUGGGCCUUCAACGCGGCCGUGGCGCUGGCCGUGCUGGUGGCCGCGGGCCUCGUGGUCUCCGGAGUCUACAUCUUCUUCCUCAUCCCGCACGCCGCCUCCUCCGGCCCCGCGCGGCCCCAGCUCGUGGCGCUCGCCCCGGCGCCCGGCCACUCCUGGCUCCCCGCGCGGCCCACGCCGGGGGCGCCCUGGGCCCCGGUCUGGACAGCGCGGCCCUCGGGCGCGGACCCGGACGCGGCCCCGACGGCGGCUGCCGAAGACGCGCCGGAGCCGGAGUCGGGCCCCGGGGACCCGGCGGAGGCCGAGGGGACGCUGGACCGGCCGUCGGGCCGCACGUGGGGGACAGAGGCAGGCCCCGGCUGGGCCCCGCGGGUUCGGGGCGGGAGGAGGGUGUGGGGGCCGCAAUAA